CUUUCCCUCUGCUUCGUUCUAAUCUCUCUCUCCAAUGGACCUUGGAACAACUAUAGGAACACAAAUCGGGAAUGACAUCGGAACAGAGAUCAAACCAGAGCCGUGCCAAGAAGAUCAGCGACAUGUUUUUCAAGAAUACCAAGAACCUCUUAGAUACACCACAUGGGUUUUGAGAGUUUCUAUCCAUUGCGAAGGAUGCAAAAGAAAAAUAGAGAAACUAUUGAGAAAGAUCGAAGGUGUAUACACACUGAACAUCGACGUGAAGCAACAAAAAGUAACGGUGGUCGGAAACGUGGAGCCAGAGCUUCUGAUAAAGAAGAUCAUGAAAGCCGGUAGACACGCCGAGCUAUGGCCCACGUCAAUGGACAACAACAAUGAUGGUAACUUUAUGAUGAGAGAGAAGAAACCAAAGAAACCUAAAAACGAAGAUGAAGACAGCAGUGAAGAUGAUGAAGACGACAACAACAACGGCGGUGGUGGUGGUGGUGGGAUGAUUGACGGCGGCACAUGCAUUGGAGGGCCUCCUCCGGGUGAUCAGGUGAAACAAGUUGUGACGUUUGUAAACGGACAACCUCAACAACCAGGAGGAGAUGGAGCUCCUAAGAAGAAGAAGAAAAAGAAAAAGAAGAAGAAGAGCACGACGGUGGUGAUGGAAGGAGGAGGAGGAGGAGGCGGUGGUGGUGGUUGUCCUCCGCCGCAGAGUAAUGGACCACCACCAGAGACUGUGAUAUACUCAGCUCCACCGGAUCAGUACCAUCCUCCUCCUCAUCAUCAGCAUCAGCAGCAUAAUAAUAUGUAUCCGACGGCUCACAGUCCUCCACGUCAUUACCAACACCAAACGUACGGUCCUCCUCCUCCAACUUACUAUCACUCGCAGCCUCAAACGGCGCCGUCUUACACGGUGAGUUACAACACGGCGCAUGGGCCGAGUCAAAAUGGGCCGGGUACUGAUGGGAAUGAUAAUGCGGCGUCGUAUUACCAGGCUCCUCCGUCGUAUUAUUCUUAUGAGUACGUGGACACGGGAUACGAAUCUCCACCGCCCGAAUUUUAUUCGUAUAGAUCUCAGCCGUCCGAAUCGUUUGAGGCAUUGAGUGAAGGCAAUCCAAACGCUUGUUGCGUCAUGUGAUUGGUUAAGGAAGUUUUUAGAAUCAAAUUAUAUAAUGGUGAAUGAGUUUGUUACUAAGAGUGGUAUUUUCAUAAACAAUCACUAAUAACAAUCUUCAUAGUAAAAUUAAAUUAAAUCAGAUAUAUAUUUCUUGAAUAAGUGAUUUACCGCAAUGAAAUUUGA